UUAAUAUCACCAAUCAAACCGUGCAAGUAUCAUCAAUUUACCACACGCCAAGGCAAGUAUAUAUCAUUUAGCACAUGGAUGUUGUAAGAAGAUUUGUGAGUUUGAUCGAAGAUUGAAGCUCUAAAGAGUGGGAAACACACAGAGUAAUCGUGAAGCUAUUUGGUUGCGAGGUAGGAGAGAGGUGUGAAACGGCAUGACAUGCACCCUUUUUUAUAGCAUAUAUAUAAAGAAGCAUGAUCUAGUUGUUGCGUCAUCUCAUUACCAUCAGUAGUUUACAUGACAAUGAGGGCUAUGAGAGCUGGGUUAGCAAUGGUGCUGCUCAUGACCAUAACCGUUCUUACCAUAGUCACAGCGCAGCAAGAGGAACUGCAGCAACCACCUCCCCCACCAAUGUUGCCUGAGGAAGAAGUUAAAGGAUGCAGCAGAACAUUCUUCUCCGCUCUGGUGCAGCUGAUACCAUGCAGAGCAGCUGUAGCUCCUUUCAGCCCGAUCCCACCGACUGAAACCUGUUGCUCUGCCGUUGUCACACUUGGCCGUCCUUGUCUAUGUCUUCUUGCCAAUGGACCUCCACUCUCGGGCAUUGACCGCUCCAUGGCUCUUCAGCUUCCUCAGAGAUGCUCUGCUAAUUUCCCUCCCUGCGAUGUCAUUAACUAGAAAGGACAUACCAUCCUUCUC